AUGGAGAAGCUUUUCAUACCAUCAUUCCCCAAAACAUGUUUAAACUACCAUCAGAUUCCAGCAAAGGUAGAGACUUCACCAGAAUCCCAUCCCAAACCAAACAAAAAGUCUCUCUCUUUCGUCACCAAGAAACAACCCAUCACCACCACCCCCGACGAGCAACUCGACUACUUCUGUAGAAACGGAAGCUUCCUCGAAGCGGAGAAAGCUCUAGACUCCAUGUUCCAACGAGGAACCAAGAUGAUGAAACGUAGCACUUACCUCAACCUCCUCGAAUCCUGCAUCGAUUCAGGCUCCGUCCAUCUCGGUCGUGUCCUCCACGCUCGCUUCGACGGUCUGUUUCCGCAACGGGAUGUGUUUGUGGAGACGAAGUUGUUGAGCAUGUACGCGAAAUGCGGGUGUUUAGUUGAUGCACGCAAGGUGUUCGAUUCAAUGCGUGAGAGAAACUUGUAUACUUGGUCUGCUAUGAUUGGUGCUUACUCGAGGGAGCAACGGUGGGGAGAAGUCUCUAACCUCUUUUGUAUGAUGAUGGAGGAAGGUGUUUUGCCUGAUGAUUUCUUGUUUCCCAAGAUACUGCAAGGGUGUGCGAAUUGCGGUGAUGUUGAGACUGGGAGGUUGAUUCAUUCCGUUGUUGUGAAACUCGGGAUGACUUCUUGUCUCCGUGUUAGUAACUCGAUUUUGGCAGUGUAUGCGAAGUGUGGUGAGUUGAGUUUAGCGACGAAGUUUUUUAGACGUAUGGUGGAGAGAGAUGUGGUUGCUUGGAACUCGGUGCUUUUAGCUUACUGCCAGCACGGUAAACAUGAAGAAGCUGUUGAUUUGGUUGAGGAGAUGGAGAAAGAAGGGAUCUCCCCGGGGCUUGUUACUUGGAACAUACUGAUUGGAGGUUACCACCAGCUUGGAAAAUGCGAUGCUGCGAUGGAUUUGAUGCAGAAGAUGGAGAAUUUUGGUGUAACUGCCGAUGUGUUUACUUGGACAGCUAUGAUUUCGGGGUUGAUUCAUAAUGGGAAGAGAUAUCAGGCGUUGGAUACGUUUAGGAAGAUGUUUUUAGCUGGUGUGGUGCCUAAUGGAGUCACUAUUAUGAGUGCUGUUUCUGCUUGUUCAUGUUUGAAAAUUCUCAACCUAGGAUCAGAAGUUCACUCUAUUGCUGUGAAGAUGGGGUUUAUGGAUGAUGUUCUUGUGGGGAAUUCUCUGGUGGACAUGUACUCCAAAUGUGGGAAGCUUGAAGAAGCUAGGAGAGUUUUUGAUUCCAUAAAGAACAAAGAUGUGUAUACUUGGAACUCAAUGAUAACAGGUUAUUGCCAAGCGGAAUAUUGCGGGAAGGCUUAUGAGUUGUUUACAAGGAUGCAGGAGGAAAAUGUCAAACCAAAUAUCAUCACAUGGAACACGAUGAUCUCUGGAUAUAUUCAGAAUGGAGACGAGGGUGAAGCUAUGGAUCUGUUUCAGAGGAUGGAAAAAGAUGGGAAAGUUCAGCGGAAUACUGCAUCAUGGAACCUAAUCAUUGCGGGUUACAUACAAAACGGAAAGAAAGACGAUGCACUGGAACUUUUUAGGAAAAUGCAGUUCUCUCAUUUCAUGCCAAAUUCAGUUACUGUACUGAGUCUCUUACCUGCUUGCGGUAAUCUUCUUGGGGCUAAAAUGGUAAGAGAGAUACACGGCUGUGUGUUGCGGAGAAACCUAGAUGCUGUCCAUGCUGUUAAAAACGCUUUAAUAGAUACUUAUGCUAAGUCAGGAGAUAUAGCAUACGCGGAAAGGAUAUUCAAGGAUAUGAAAACGAAAGACAUCAUAACUUGGAACUCGCUGAUUGGAGGUUAUGUUUUGCAUGGUAGCUAUGGUCCAGCGCUUGAACUAUUUGAUCAGAUGAAGACAGAGGGGAUUAAGCCAAAUAGGGGAACUCUUUCGAGUAUCAUUCUCGCACACGGUCUAAUGGGAAAUGUAGAGGAAGGAAAGAAAGUCUUCUCCAGCAUAGCGAAUCAUUACCAUAUCAUUCCUGCUCUGGAACAUUGUUGUGCUAUGGUAUCUUUGUACGGACGAUCCAACAGACUUGAAGAAGCGCUGCAGUUUAUCCAGGAGAUGAAUGUUCAAUCAGAGCCACCCAUCUGGGAGAGCUUCUUAACUAGCUGCAGGAUUCACGGUGAUAUUGACUCGGCAAUCCAUGCAGCAGAGCACUUGUUCUCCUUGGAACCUGAAAACCCGGUCACUGAAAAUCUGGUAUCCCAGAUCUAUGCCUUAGGUGCAAGACUUGGGAGAUCUUUAGAAGGAAAGAAGCCAAGGAAAGAACAACUGCUUAAGAAACCUACUGGACAGAGCUGGAUUGAAGCUAGAAAUUUAGUUCAUACAUUCACAACUGGUGAUCAGUCUACACUAUGUACUGAUGUGCUGUAUCCAUGGGUGGAAAAGCUGUGUAGGAUGGAUGAUAGAAAUGACCAAUACAAUGGAGAACUUCUGAUUGAAGAAGAAGGCAGGGAAGAAACUUGUGGAAUUCACAGCGAAAAGUUUGCCAUGGCUUUUGGUCUAAUUUCCUCAUCCCGUGAACCUAAGACGAUUAGGAUCUUGAAAAAUUUUAGGAUGUGCCGGGAUUGCCAUAAUACCGCAAAGUAUAUCUCCAAAAGAUACAGCUGUGAAAUAUUGUUGGAGGACACAAGAUGCUUGCACCACUUUAAGAAUGGUGAUUGUUCCUGUAAAGAUUAUUGGUAG